AUGAUCGGCAUCGGGUCAGCCCCAUGGGCAGUCUGGAUCACGGGGGAUGACAUCCUGCCUCCCGGCACGCCGGGAGGAGGGAUCUACAACGCUGUCUUAAGGAUGCAGCGCGGGGGCGAGCAGCAGGACCUGCUUGCCGGCGGCGAGGCGGCGACGCGCGCGGCGCAGCGUGCUUACGCGCAAGAGGCUGCGCACCCGGCAGAGGCGUUGCAAAAGAACUGGCUGCAAGGCCAGCUCGAGACGCAGCACUUCAUCAUGGGGAGCAUCUACGGGACGGCGAUGCCGAUGCAGCGGCGGAUGGAGAUGGGCAUCCUCUCCCAGGUCGGGCGGCUGCCCGGGCUGCCCUCGUCACACCUCGGCCUCAACACAGUGCUCGGGCGCGACGAGACCAUCGACUGGGAGGACUACCUCGGAUUGCCCGAGAACUCGGAGGUUGCCGUGGACAUGCGCGCGCAGCUCGAGCGCAAAUACGGCAUCACGCCGCAGAGCUCCGCCCUCGGCCCCGCCGCUCUCGGCGGAGUGCCGGACAAGCUGCGGCAGGCGGCCGCGCCGCGCGAGGGCGUGGCGCUGCGCAAGGACCUCUGCUGAGCGCCGCGCUCAUCUCGUCGCCGUGUUGGGCGUGGCCGUUUCAUCCCCCCGCCCCACACCCUUUCGCGCCUUCGGACUGUGAGAUUUGUGUGCGCUUGCGUCGUCCUGCGCGCUGCGGUAUGCGGGGCCACUGUGUCUUGGCCCGCGUAAAUCGAUGUAAUGAACAGACACUCGAAAAAGA